AAUUUCAAAACAAACCCAAAAUUCUUAGAAAGAGAUUGCAAUUUGCUUAGACAUUUUUUUGAAAAUCCUGUAGAUAUUUAGUGGAGUUAGGCUUCAAGAUUCGGAUCACAAAGAGAUAAAUUGAUGCUCAUCUUUCCCCUACAAUGAUUUAUAUACUUUACCCAACUACCAAUCAUCAAAAUUUUCCCCAUAAUUUCAAUCCCAAUCCACCUCUUCAAUGGAGGAUCAAUCCAGACCCGUCACCGGCUACCCAGCUCACUCCGCCACCGGCUACCCAAACACCGCCACCGCAUACCCUUACGUUGCUCCCCCUCCAACUGCCCCACAGAAUCACGGGACAUACUUCCACGUUGCCGGAAACCGUUACUACUCCGAUCCAUACGCGACCCAACAACGCGCCACCUUCGUCCACCGUUUCUUCGCCAUCUUAAUCGGCUCUAUCCUCAUCACCGGGAUUAUCAUCUUCACCAUGUGGCUCAUCCUCCGCCCACAAAUCCCUCAGUUCCGAGUCGAAACACUAACCCUUUCUAACUUCAAUAUUUCAUCAAACUCAUUAGUUUCCGGCGAUUGGGACGCUCGUUUCAUUGUUCGGAACCCUAAUUCCAAAAUUACUCUUUUCUAUGAUCAAAUUGAAGCUGCCGUCUUCCACAAAUCGGAUUCAAUUUCAGAGACUACUGUGCCACCUUUUGUGCAGGGGACGAAGAAUCAGACUUCCAUUAAAGCAACAUUCGCUUCUUUGACAGCGUAUGUUGAUGAUCGAGAUAGCAUUACUGGAGAGAGGAGUCAUGGGUCGAUUAAUUUCAAUAUCAGAAUGAUGGCUAGGGUUCGAUUUAGGGCUGGUUCUUGGUGGGCUAGACGGAGGAUCUUGAGGGUUUAUUGCCCUAAUUUAUCAAUUGGGAUUUCUUCAAAUAGUAAUGGUGGAAAUCUGAUUGGUGGUUCGAAGGAAUGCAGGGUGGGUCUUUGAGUAGUGAAUGAGUUUCAAGGUAUAUUCUUGUGUUGUUCAACUUAUCAAUUGAAAAGCUACCAAUUUGGAGGUAGUUUGAAUGAUGUGAAUAAACCCUAGUUUUUGGUAUCUUGAUAUAAUGUUAACCAAUUGCAUAUUCUUGAAUCUUGAAUUCGAAUUUGAUUAGGUUCUAAUAAUGUUUAUAUAUUCCUUGAUUUUGGAGGCUA